AUGUACGUAUGCGCCCUCUUGUUGCCAAUCCAUCAGGUGGAGGAGUGCAUUUCCUCCAAGAAACCGGCCUCCCUGAAGGACCCGAGCAUGGACGCCCCAGAUGAUGCUGUGGAAGACUGCAUCUCAUCCAGCCAUCCAGCCCGCCUCAAGGAUCUCGGCAUGGACGCCCCGGAUGAUGCUGUGCUGCGCGUGGAAGACUGCAUCUCAUCCAACCAUCCAGCCCGCCUCAAGGAUCUCGGCAUGGACGCCCCAGAUGAUGCUGUGCUGCGCCUGGCCCAGCUUGCACUCUCCUGCACCAUCGAGCGCACUGCAAGCCGGCCCAGCAUGGCAGACAUUGCCAACGAGCUGCAGGGAAUUGGGCACGAGGUGGUGGGGGAGGAGGAGCUGAGUGCGGCGGUCUAG